AUGAUAAAAAAAAAUGAAUUAAAUUUUGUUAUAAAUAUAUUAAAGCAUAAACCUUGGAAUUAUUGUAAUAAUGUAAGAUUUUCAAAUAUUCGAGAAGCAUUAAGCAAUGAAUCUUUAAAUAAUAGUUCGGUAAAAAAAGAAUUUGAAAAUGUAAAAAAAAAUGAACCUCAAUUAAAAAAGUUUUCAAUAUUUCGAUAUAAUCCUGAAAAUAAUAAGAGGCCAAAAAUGCAAACAUUUGAGGUUGAUAUAAAUAAUUGUGGGCCAAUGGUUUUAGACGUAUUAAUAAAAAUUAAAGAUGAAAUUGAUUCAACAUUAUCCUUUAGAAGGAGUUGCAGGGAAGGAAUAUGCGGUAGUUGUGCAAUGAAUAUCGAUGGGAAAAAUGGUUUAGCUUGUUUAACAGAAGUAAAUAAAAACAAAAAUGAGAUUACAGAAAUACAUCCUUUACCAAAUUUGUACGUAAUGAAAGAUUUAGUGCCAGAUUUAACUAAUUUUUACAAUCAAUAUAAAUCUAUUGAUCCAUGGUUAAAAAGAAAAACAAAAAAAGAAAAAGGGCAAAAAGAAUUUUAUCAAUCAAUUGAGGACAGAAAAAAAUUAGAUGGCCUAUAUGAAUGUAUAAUGUGUGCUUCUUGCUCAACAUCGUGUCCAUCUUAUUGGUGGAACCCGGAAUAUUAUUUAGGGCCAGCUACAUUAAUGCAAGCAUAUAGGUGGAUAGUUGAUAGUAGAGAUGAAUAUACAAAGGAACGAUUAAUGGAUAUUAAUGACACAAUGAAGUUAUAUAGAUGUCAUGGAAUUAUGAAUUGUACAUUAUGCUGCCCUAAGGGGUUAGAUCCAGCUAAAGCUAUUAAAAAUAUGAAAAAAUUAGUUCAAGAAAAUUUUUCAAAAGAUAAUAUAAAAUCACAUUCUACAUACAUUAAAGAAAAAAUGAAGAAAACAAAGUAG